UCGCCUCCUCCGGUUGCUGCGAGGCCGACCGGCAGGCGUCUAGGCUCUGCGUGCUCCCUCCACCCUCCCAGCUGUCCCAUCGAGGAAAACCGAAACCAAGCCUGUCCUUCACCCCGCGGCCCCGCCUGCCCGGUGCUCCGAGGGCCGCGCUCGCCCAGCUGCAGAGCCGACACAGCGCACCGCCCCGGCCGCGCGGCGAGCUGGGCACCRAGGACACGGGCACCGGGAGGGCGCGGGCGCCAGAGGGUCCCAGGUCUUCUCGCCGCUACUGCAGCGGCCUUGGCGGCUGCUCCUCCCUCCUUGCAGUUGAGUAGCAGCGGGUGCGGCCUGACCCGGCCCGGGAGCCGCGCGCAGAAUGGGCAGAUGCUGCUUCUACACGGCGGGGACACUGUCCUUGCUCCUGCUGGUGACUGGUGUCACGCUGCUAGUGGCCCGGGUCUUCCAGAAGGCCGUGGACCAGACGAUCGAGAAGAAUAUGGUGUUAAGGAAUGGUACCGAGAUCUUUGACUCCUGGGAGAAGCCCCCACUGCCCGUGUAUACUCAGUUCUAUUUCUUCAAUGUCACCAAUCCAGAGGAGAUCCUCAGAGGAGAGAUCCCUCGGUUAGAAGAGGUGGGGCCAUAUACCUACAGGGAAAUCAGAAACAAGGCAAAUGUUCAAUUUGGAGAUAACGGAACAACAAUAUCUGCCGUUAGCAACAAGGCAUACGUUUUUGAACGGAACCAAUCUGUUGGAGACCCUAAAGUUGACUUAAUUAGAACACUGAAUAUUCCUGUACUGACCGUCAUAGAAUGGGCCCAGGUCCGCUUCCUCAGGACGCUCAUCGAAGCCAUGUUGAAAGCCUAUCAGCAGAAGCUCUUCGUGACUCACACGGUUGACGAAUUGCUCUGGGGCUACAAAGAUGAGAUCUUGUCCCUCAUCCAUGCCUUCAGAUCUGACAUCUCCCCAUAUUUUGGCCUGUUUUAUGAGAAAAAUGGAACUAAUGAUGGAGAUUACGUUUUCCUAACUGGAGAAGACAAUUACCUUAAUUUUACAAAAAUUGUGGAGUGGAAUGGAAAAACGUCUCUUAACUGGUGGGCAACGGACGAAUGCAAUAUGAUUAAUGGGACAGAUGGAGAUUCUUUUCAUCCAUUAAUAACCAAAGAUGAAGUCCUUUAUGUCUUCCCAUCUGAUUUCUGCAGGUCAGUGUACAUAACUUUCAGUGACUUUGAGAGUGUACAGGGACUGCCCACCUUCCGGUAUAAGGUGCCUGCAGAAAUAUUAGCCAAUACCUCAGACAAUGCCGGCUUCUGUCUACCUGAAGGAAAGUGCUUGGGGUCAGGAGUGUUGAAUGUCAGCAUCUGCAAAAAUGGUGCACCCAUUAUUAUGUCUUUCCCACACUUUUACCAGGCAGAUGAGAAGUUUGUUUCUGCCAUACAUGGCAUGCAUCCAAAUAAGGAAGAUCAUGAGACAUUUGUGGACAUUAAUCCUUUGACUGGAAUUAUCCUAAGAGCAGCCAAGAGGUUCCAAAUCAACAUUUAUGUCAAAAAAUUAGAUGACUUUAUUGAAACAGGAGACAUUAGAACCAUGGUUUUCCCAGUGAUGUAUCUCAAUGAGAGUGUUCUCGUUGAUAAAGAGACUGCUAGUCGACUAAAGUCUGUGAUUAACACUACUUUGAUUAUCACCAACAUACCCUACAUCAUCAUGGCACUGGGUGUAUUCUUUGGUUUGGUCUUUACCUGGCUGGCUUGCCGAGGACAGGGAUCCAUGGAGGAGGGAACAGCAGAUGAAAGAGCACCACUCAUACGAACCUAACUAAAUUUAACCAUCACCUGAGCUUGGUGAAGGAACAUGUGAACUGUCCUGAAACAGAUGAGGGGAAACUCCACAUCCUCGUAGACUCCUCGCCUGUUAGGAGAGAGAAGACAGUGCUGGCAAGUGAAGACAGCAUGUUGGCCAGAGGUGAAGAGCAGACUGACAUGGCUGACCAUUAUGCUUCAUGAAAAUCACAUGGUUUCUGAAACUGUUUUUUUAAUGUGUCUAGCAAGUAUUUAAUAAACUCUUGUAUAGUCAUUUUUUGUUGUUGGGUAGCUACAGAAUUUUGUGACCAGUUGUAGAUAUAAUGUCUCUGCAUCUCUUGUUAAUACUACCUGUCAAUAUGUUUCAUUCACCAAAUUUUGUGCUCAAAAUACGUAUAUACUACUUUAUGUUGUAUUCCUCCACUUCACUCCCCAAACAAAAGUAAAUAAGAGUUUCGAAUACAGGGUAAAUGAUAACCUUUUCCAGUACAUUAUUCAAAUGCAUUUGAUUUCCUCUUUAAAACAUUACAUAUUGCAUUUCAUGUUAGUCUUCAGUUCAAAUUCCUCCAGGAAAAUAACAUGGUCUUCUGGUUACAUUCAUACUGUGUGGGAAUCAAGCAGGGAAGGGAUCACGUGAGGUGGUACCCAUGAGUGGAUAGUGAUAUGCUCCUAAGGAUUUUUCAGUUGUACUUUUGUGAACAAAGAGAAUGCAUAAGUAAGCUUGGUGAGGAUAGCUCCAGAUAUUUCAUGUAGAGUAGAACUAAAUGCUAGUUAUGAUAUUUGUAGAUAGUUAACUUUACUUUUAGUCAAAAUUAUCUUGAUGUGGAAAGAUGCUUCUGGGAGGAUGUAAUCAGUGAUCCCCCACUCAAUACUACUGAGUGAUUUUUUGGGUAAAAUUAUGAAUAUAAAAAAUCUACCCAUCCAUAGCCUAAGUUACACAUAAAUUUCAGGGAGUCUGUCUGGAUUAGAAAGACAUUUCUUCUUCAGCAGUCUUCUUGGUAACUUGAAACUUUUUAUAAAUUCUUUCCUCAGAUUCAGUUUCUUCCAGUGUUUUGUGGCUCACUGUCAUUCACUGAGUAGAGAAAAUGCCCUACAUUUCCUGCGACAAUCAUUUGCUGACAGAAUGUCGAGUAAAGUACUACACCUAAUGUGCUUUAAAGAAAGGUCCCCUUGGGAUGAGAAGUAGAGACAAGUCUCUUCAAAAUACUUCUUGGUUUUCAGUGUAACCAAAGGCAGAAGAUUGGGAAUCAUCAUUAGUCACAGUGUUCAGGAUUCAAGGGUAUUUUCUUUGAUUCUCAAAGUUCACCAUGCAUUUUUAAUUGAGAAGCCUAUACAGUUAUCUGGCAAAGUACCUAUAGAACUUCCUAACAAAUGAAUCAUUCGAAGGGAUUUUUUUGAUAUUUGUUUAAAACUGAAUUUCACUGUAAGCAAAUGAAGAAAAAAAUCAUGGAUUUCACUUACAUAGUUUCUUAGCCCUACAGGGAAGUAAUAAAUCACGUUAAUUUACAUGCCCAAAUUUUUCUUCUCUAUAGACUAAAGCAAUAUGUAAUGUGUUUCCCUUCUUGAAGGGGCAAUUCAUUAUACACUCAAACGUUUCUAUAAAUCAACAUAAAAACCUUAGAUACCCCAAAUCAUCAAAACAUGAAAAUUUAUAUCAAAUAUAUUUGGUCUUCAAUAAUGCCAAAUACCUACAUUAAAUAUUUAUCAAUAUUUAAUUAUAUAAUUGGCAUAUUUUGUUCAUCAUGUAUCUACUUAUCCACACUAAUGAAACGGAUAGGCCAGUAUAUACUCAUUGGUUCUAUUCUCAGGAUAUGAACAUCUGUGAGAAGACUUUUAAAUACUAUAAAUGAUGUACACAUUUAGACUAAAUCUCAUAUAGGCAAGGAGACCAAAUAUACAUUGAUUAUAUUUUUGUGCCAUGAUUCUUAACAGUGACAACUUAAAACUACAUUUGAUAUUUUCCUUCUGAAAAGUCUGUGGCAAAUCCAUAAACUAUAGUCAAAAUUAUAGGUUGGUUAAGAAGAAUGAUUAUACCUAUUUGAUUUUAGGUUGAAAAUAGCAAACUAUUCCUCUUGCUUAUUCCCUUGCAGCCAUCAUCUUGGAAAGACCCCAAAGGCUUUGUGAUUGUCAACAUUGCCGUAAUCACAGCAUGGCACACAGGGAAAACUGGGAGUUGAGCACAGGGCAGGAAAUGGCCGUUGCCACUUUUAGCUCCUGGCUCUUCCCAUUAGACUUUAUUUCAUCAUGUUCUAGAAAGAUCACCAAUGGUCAAGUGGAAUAAGCACUACACAACUAACCCCUAUUGGGGUUUUUACUUAAGGGAGACUAAUUUUUAAUUUAAAUUGCUUGAGACAUGAAUU